AUGCGGAAACCCAGUUCCUACUUCCAACCUGGUCCCAGAGGAGGCGCCCCAAGUAAGAAGGAACCUGCGACUGCUCACAAAGUCGGAGGCGUUAAUUCCCGUAUAGCCAAGCUGCGGCAUAUACCAAACAUCGGGAAUACGGGCAGGGCGCAGAUAGCCAAGGAUGCAAAAAGGGAAAUUCCAAGAAUCCUGCUCUCAGCGGGUGCUGCUGGCAGGCUUGGUUACAAAGUUAGCCCGGACAUGGUUCCUCCUCUGACCUCUGAUAUGGAAGAAUUUUCCGAUCUACCUACUCGGGUGGUGGUCGUAAAGGGAGAUACAUAUGAUGUUGCCAUCGCGCUCCAUAACUCCCGCAAAAUUAUGGAACAUGAUGAUCCUAUGCCAGUCUGUGUUCUCAAUUUUGCAAAUGCUGGAAUUAUCGGCGGAGGCUGGUUAGAUGGCCACCCUUCCCAGGAGGAGCAACUUUGCUACCGAAGCACCCUCAGCGCAACUCUCUUGCCCCGACUAUACCCUAUGGGAGCUAAGGAAUGCAUUUACUCGCCUCAAGUUUCAAUCUUCCGGGAGAAUGAGAAGCGAGGGUAUAUCUGGAUGUGGCCGAACGCACUAGACCCACUCCCAGUAGUCAGCGUCAUUAGCAUGGCUGCUCCAAAACACCCAUUAAUCACUGCGGACAUGAAGUAUCAGAAUGUAACUGAUCGCAACUUUAUGAAAGAUAAGAUCCGCAUCAUCCUACGCACAGCAGCACAUAAUCGCCAUCAGCGCCUGGUUCUGGGAGCCCUUGGCUGUGGCGCGCUUGGUCAUCCUAGACAAGAUGCGGCUGAUUGUUGGAAAGAGAUCCUCAGGGAGGACGAGUUUCAGGGAUUCUUUGAGCUGAUUGUCUUCGCCAUCUUUGAUCCAGGCAACACAGAUGGCAACUUUCCAGUCUUUUACGAGACUCUGCAUGACAUGGAAAUGUAUCAAGAUGCUGUCCAGUGA